ACUUUUAGGUGUUGGAGCGGUUUUGGGGAAUGAAUGAUUCGGUUAUAUAUUUGACACCAAUGAAAAAAAAUUGACUGAAGAAGUCAUAGUUUUUUUUAUUAUGUGAGUGACAGUUCGACCUAUUACAUAAUACUUUUCACAGCAGCUUAAAUAGACAAAAAGGGAACAGUCUUCAUAUAAAGAAAAUUUUGAAGCAAUUCCGACAUUUUUCUCAGACGAGGAUUUUGAAAGUUCGAUUUUUUUUUUUCAACUGUUACAUAAAAAAGAAGAUAUAUCAAAAUGAGAUUCCACGUAAGAGUUCUACAAUGGAUAAUGAUUUUUAUCAUGGAAACGAAUGCUUUUUACCCAAACUCUCUUGUGCCAUUUUUGUCCGAUGGAGAUUAUACACACGAAAGUAUUACAGAGUUUGGAAUAUCGCGAGUUAUACAGGAACUAAGGAACCAGGCAGGGAGAAGCUUCCCGGUACCUCACAAUCGAGGAUUUGUACCGAAGUUUUCCUUGGAUGAAAUCAUGAUGUCGAUAAACAAUGUCCAUAAAAACUAUAAGAAUGACCCCAUGUGGCAUUUCAACAAUGAACAGAUUGUAGAAGCCAACGAAAAACUGAAGCACUAUCGUCGCAUUGUCUUAGAUGUAUUGCAAUCUCCUAACCCAGACUUCUCCGAAGCGAGGAAAUAUUUUGGGUUUUGCCUGCACCUGUUACAAUCUUUCUACAGCAACACGAACUGGGUAGAGCUAAAUGGUCAGGCCCUUUACAGAGAUUUGGGGUUACCCGGAAAACAACUUCUUCCCAUUUCUCCAACAGAGAAGAGCACCUGUAUAGCAUGUAGCACUGAAGAGGACAUUGAUGGGUGUGCUGACAAUUUGAUAGAUAACGGAGAUCUCCUCACCAGUGGCUAUCGCUCAGACAUAGACAGCAAUGAUCAAACAGGAAGUCAAAUUGCACCUCGUUUCGGAAAAUGUGGACACAGUGAAAGCUUAUUUCGUACAACACAAAAACUUACCGUGGUCAAUGGCGGUAUCAACAAAGAGACAACAAACCCCCAGUUGUCGCCACAUUUCCGUCUCCACAACUCUGCCGCCUCAGCCGCAAUUGACCAUACUUCAUUCUUUCUUAUUGACAAACAAAACGGCAUUAUAAAAGAUAUAGGACAGCGGAAACUCGAAUUACUUCUUGGACUUAUAAAAGAGGAAACGUUGGUUUUCAUCAUAGACACUUCUCCGGGAAUGUCGACAGAAGUAGAGGCCUUAGACAAGUUCAUACAAUCUGUAUCGAGAUCAUCAAGCCCUGCCAGUUACAAGUUUGUGUUGGCGACAGUAGGAAAAGAUGUUGAAAACAUUGAUAUUAAUUACUUUUCAACGGUAUUUGAAAUGCGGAAAGCAGUAUCUAAGAUAUUGUUUGAUACUCAACCAUACUGUGAUAAGCCGAUUCUAGAAGCAAUUAACAUGGUAUCCAAAGUUGUACCGAAACUCUCCAAUGUAUACAUAUUUACGGAUUCUGUACCAUCAGCGAGGAACGAAGAAAGUCCCGAUUUGGAAGCCAAAAAACUUGUUAUGAAUUUCUAUCUGAAGGAGACAUGUAAUGUUCCUUUAGUCAAGACUUUUAGACAAAAAAUAUCUCAUAACAUUAAGAAAGUGUCUCGUCAACGUCGGAGUGCCUUUUCGGUUCCUAUUAGCUUUUCUCAAAUCGCCAGCAGCUCAGGGGGUCAGAUAUACACAGGCAUAUCAUCGCUUAAUUUGCUUAAUAUUGGUUCCUCUUUGGAUCCAGAGGUGACAAUAGUGAAGCUUGAUUUUCCCGGUGGCUUCGGUGGCUUUAGUACUUUGUCUGUACCGGCUGAUUCAACGAUUACAAAACUUAUCAUUAAAAUUGAUGGAAUAUCGGCUUUACCUACAUCCAGAAUAAAAGACCAAAAUGGUAACCUUUUGUACGCCGGUGCCAAUGGACAAACAAAUAUUACUGAAUCCGAUUUCGGGACCGUAACACUCAUGGAAAUAGUUAAUCCUACACCGGGUCUUUAUUUCAUUGAAAAAAUAAUAAACACCUACUGGAAAGUGGAAGUACGAGCAGUGAGUGAACUCGACUUUAGCGCUCAACUUAUGAUGUCGGACGCCAACAGCUAUGCCCUGACGGAGAUCGAGGGGAGACCAACCGUGGGGGAAAACGUCACUGUUAUUGUGACUGUGAGUUUACCCGAAAAUGUCACUAGCGUGUCGGACCUGGUGCUCUUGAAUAGCAAAGGAACCACAUUGACCAACAGUAAAUUACAGAAGUACUCUGGACACAAACAGGGGGUGUACUACUGCAACGUCAUAAUCCCGCCAGAAGAUUUUCAAAUUGCUAUUGAUGGAGAGGAUGGGCAAGCGACACAAUUCAGACGACUUCAUACUAAACUUAUUUCCCCAGUGCUGAUAAAACUAGAUAUCCACCCGUUUCCAAAUCCUUUGUACACGGGGAGAAAUUUCAUAAUUCAGUACACAGUCACAAACUUGGGGGCCGGUCUGACUGAAAUACUGACAAGCAUUAGGGACAGCCAACAUUUCGCCGUUAGUCCCUUCAAUAAGACACACCAGCUGGCAGCAGGGGCCAACAUUACGGACAUGUUUGUGCUCCACGGGGGAGCUACCCCAGGGAUAACCACAUCGGUGACCAUCACCGCUGAGCCGCUGACGUCAGGGAAUUCAAACUUCCAAUACUCUAUAUUCUCUCUUACAACAGAAGACCCGAGUAACAAGACUCCGGAUACCACUCCACCGGAUUGCAACGUUACGAAGGUCAUCGGAAGCUGCAGUGGUGUCACGCAAUGUGACUGCAACAUGACAGUGGUCACAACGAAACUAGAGAUCUUUGACAUAGGAGAGGGCAUCAAGACGAUUUCCUACGGAGGGUCGGGAGGAAACGGUGUCAAUUUUACACACAAACCAUUCAUCGCAGGACUUGAAUUAAGCCAAGGAACUGUUAUAGCAAAACUAGUUGCAGAUUGUUGCCGGGCCUCGGAGGACAUUACUUUGACUGACUGGACGUCCACAAGUACAUGUACUGUCCCGGUGAAUCCGUCAUGGACCCCUGGACCAUGCACAACGACCCCUCCCCCGACCACAACCACUGGUCCAACAACCGACUCCUCGACUUCUGUGACAACAGAUUCCUCCACGUCUAAUGCAGGAACUACAAGCGUCGGAUCUAGUAACGGACAGACAGGCGGUGGAAGCGUGACGUCGACAUUAUCAGUAACACAGACAGGGUCAAAUGCCGCUGCCUCCCAGAGUGGGAGUGUGUAUCCAACUUCAGGUUCUUCAGUGGUUACCACGACUGUAACAUCGGUUUCGUCCAGUUCCAAUUCCAACGGAAGCGAAAAUGGUUUGAGCACAACCUGGAAAAUCGUCAUUGCAACAUCCGCCACAGCAAUCUCUGUAGCGGCCUUGUUUACGGGAGGGAUUCUAUUGAGGAAAAAGUUCACCUCCGUGUCACCAAAUUGAUUUUUACAUCCAGUUGAAUUUUAUUUAUUUAUUGUUGACAUUUUCUCUAUUUUGUAAUCUGGUUUACGCUUAAAUCUCUUGUGUUUUUCUUUAUCAUAUUUCAUAUUGCCAGCGUUUUUGCUAUUGUUCGUUUUAUCGGUCAAAUGUUUUAAUUUAAAAAGGGGAUACAUGUAUCACGAAAUUAAUCAAGUAUAUUGUCGCAUUUAUGGGCGUUGUUUUGUUCAAUAUCAUAAUAGUGCAAAUAUCUUCUUUAUGUACAUUACAACGCAUUGGAAGAUCGUUUUCUUGAUAAAAAAAAUAAGACUAUUAAAGUAAUAACGUUGAUAUAGGAAAAUAAAAGGACAUUGGUAAAUUACAUGUAUUUAUGUAUUUUCCUCGUUUUUUCUACGAUCCUGAAACACUUUUGUCGAUUUUUAACUAUUUAUUAUUGUUAUAUUUGUGCAUCUUGAGAAGUUUUAUUAAAAUUCUUUACCAUUAUGCGUGAUUCUAUC